CUUACUCUGUUCUUUUCUACUUGCUCCCUGUGCUUAUCAUUUUCAUUCCCCGUUCUCAACCUCCGCUUGUCUUUCUCCCUAUUCUCAUUUCUUCUUCUUCUUUUGCCUUUUGAGUUUCCAGUUUUUCAGUUCAGUCCCUACAACAUGUUGCCUUCAUCCAUCUAAUGCCUCUGAGAAAAGGAAAAGAAAAGCUGCAACUCUUUCCCGCAUCAUUUUCCCCAGAAAAAAAAAAAACUAAAGCUUUGAGUUCUUAAUCUUUCUCAUUAUGAACUACAAACCUAGACUUGGUUUCUGCUUCAAGCUUUUUGCUUUUAUUAUUGGCUUCUCUUCAAUCUUCAUCUCUGUUAAAUCCCAGACAACUGCAAGCGACGAUGCUGCUGCCAUGUUAGCCCUUAAGAAGACCCUCGGUCCCCCCGAAUCUCUCGGGUGGACCGACCCGGAUCCAUGCAAAUGGAAACACGUUUUCUGCUCAGAGGACAAGCGCGUCACUCGUAUCCAAAUCGGUCACCAGAACCUGCAAGGUACACUUCCUUCAGAUAUUCAGAUCCUUACUGAACUUGAGCGUUUAGAGGUACAAUGGAAUAACAUUUCGGGUCCCGUACCUAGCUUAAACGGGUUAAGCUCACUCCAAGUGCUUAUGCUUAGCAACAAUCACUUCACUUCAUUCCCUACUGAUUUCUUUUCUGGUUUAUCUUCUCUUCAAUCCGUGGAAAUGGAUAACAACCCUUUUUCCGCCUGGGAAAUCCCUCAAAGCUUGCAAAAUGCUUCAGCUUUACAGAAUUUCUCAGCCAACUCUGCUAACAUCACUGGGAAAAUACCAGACAUCUUUGGGUCUGAUGCGUUUCCAGGUCUCACCAUUUUGCAUUUGGCUUUCAAUAGUCUCGAAGGUGAGCUGCCCUCCAGCUUUUCUGGGUCGUCAAUCCAGUCUUUGUGGGUUAAUGGCCAGCUAAGUAACAGUAAACUUAAUGGUACCGUAGCUGUACUCCAGAACAUGACAUUCUUAAAGGAGGUUUGGUUGCAUUCCAAUUCGUUCUCUGGUCCUUUACGAGAUUUCUCCGGUUUGAAAGACUUGCAGAGUCUGAGUUUGAGGGACAACUCGUUUACUGGCCCGGUUCCUGUUUCUCUUAUGAAGCUUGAGUCAUUAAAAACUGUAAAUUUGACAAACAAUUUACUUCAAGGACCAGUGCCCGAGUUUAAGGACUCGGUUGCUGUGGAUAUGGUUAAGGAUUCCAAUAGGUUUUGUUUGCCGAGUCCUGGUGACUGUGAUCCGAGGGUGACUUCGUUGCUUAAUGUUGUGAAGACUAUGGAUUAUCCACAAAGGCUUGCUGAUAAUUGGAAGGGGAAUGACCCUUGCAUGGAUUGGCUUGGGAUUACAUGCAGUAAUGGCAACAUUACUGUUAUUAAUUUUGAGAAGAUGGGAGUUACAGGUACCAUAUCUCCUGAUUUUGCAUCACUUAAGUCCUUGCAGAGGCUGAUUCUUGCUGGCAAUAAUCUGACUGGUACCAUUCCUGAGGAACUUACUGCACUGGUUGCACUUAAAGAACUGGAUGUUUCCAACAAUCAACUUUAUGGGAAAGUCCCCACUUUCAAGAGCAAUAUCAUUUUGAAUACAAAUGGUAAUCCUGACAUUGGGAAGGAGAAGAGUACUACUUCUCCAGGGUCUGAAUCUGGCAAUCCCAGCGCAGGAUCAGGGUCUAAAAGUAGUGGAAAUUCUGGAAAUGGUAGCAAGAAAAGUUCAGCUUUCAUUGGAAUAAUCAUAGCUUCUAUAUUUGGGGGUCUGUUAGUUGUUGGCUUGCUUGGCUUGUUGGUUUUCUGUCUUUACAAAAAGAAACAGAAACGGUUUAGCAGAGUGCAGAGCCCAAAUGCAAUGGUAAUUCACCCUCGCCAUUCUGGUUCGGACAACGAAAGUGUUAAGAUCACUGUUGCUGGCUCGAGCGUCAGUGUUGGUGCUGUUAGUGAAGCUCAUACGUUUCCGAACAGUGAGCCUGGCGGCGACAUACAAAUGGUUGAGGCGGGUAACAUGGUGAUCUCUAUCCAAGUUCUAAGGAAUGUGACGAACAAUUUCAGUGAAGAAAAUAUAUUGGGACAAGGAGGUUUUGGGGUGGUAUAUAAAGGCGAGUUGCAUGAUGGUACAAAGAUUGCUGUGAAGAGAAUGGAAUCUGGGGUUAUUAGUGGGAAGGGUUCUACUGAAUUUAUGUCUGAGAUUGCUGUAUUGACAAAGGUCCGACACCGGCAUCUGGUUGCUCUUCUUGGUUAUUGCCUUGAUGGGAAUGAAAAGCUUCUUGUGUAUGAAUACAUGCCCCAAGGUACUCUAAGCAGACAUAUCUUUAACUGGGAAGAAGAAGGAUUGAAACCUCUUGAAUGGACAAAAAGGUUAACCAUUGCCUUAGAUGUGGCAAGGGGUGUUGAGUAUCUUCACGGUUUAGCCCAUCAAAGUUUUAUACAUCGGGACUUGAAGCCUUCAAACAUUCUACUAGGAGAUGAUAUGAGGGCUAAGGUAGCAGAUUUCGGUCUUGUGCGUCUUGCCCCUGAGGGUAAAGCCUCCAUUGAAACUAGAAUUGCUGGAACCUUUGGAUACUUGGCACCGGAAUAUGCAGUUACUGGACGAGUUACAACGAAAGUUGAUGUAUUUAGUUUUGGGGUGAUAUUGAUGGAGCUAAUCACUGGUAGAAAAGCACUUGAUGAGAGCCAACCAGAGGAAAGCAUACACCUAGUGACAUGGUUCAAGAGAAUGCACAUCAACAAGGACUCGUUCCGCAAAGCCAUCGACCCCACAAUCGACCUCAAUGAGGAAACGCUAGCCAGCAUCAGCACAGUUGCCGAGUUGGCUGGUCAUUGCUGUGCAAGGGAACCUUAUCAGAGGCCUGAUAUGGGUCAUGCUGUAAAUGUGUUAUCUUCUCUAGUGGAGCUCUGGAAACCAACCGAUCAAUGUUCCGAAGACAUAUAUGGCAUUGACCUUGAAAUGUCAUUGCCACAAGCACUAAAGAAGUGGCAAGCUUAUGAAGGCCGAAGCAAUUUGGAAUCUUCAUCAUCUUCACUUCUUCCCAGCUUAGACAACACUCAAACCAGCAUUCCUACGCGACCGUACGGAUUUGCUGAGUCAUUUACAUCCGCAGAUGGGAGAUAAGCAGCAGUUGUAUAUUAUUGAAUCAGUGGCUCUUGUAUGUUCAUUCUCAUUGCUUCUUGCUUCUUAGUAGAACCUGUGUAGCCUAAUUAUUUUCUUGAACGAUAUUAUAUUUUGCUUGGAAUAUGAUUGCGAUGUUCUUUGGUUUGGAAA